AUGCUACGCUUCGCCCGUGUCGGCCCUGCAGAAGUGGUUUCCAAUACCGCGGAGCUAUUUUGGCUUUGCUGGGAGUGCUUUGGUGUUGGGUCGGUCGUGUGGGCCAAGGCGUACCUCCCUAUCAUCGCUUUGACUAGCCUGCGCAACUCGCACUCUUUGGGUGGACUAAAUAUACAUGGUGAAAUCGUUCACAAGACGCAGGAGUGUGGCGAGAACGUGAGUAUUAGGUCUUCGCGCGGGUACGAGUCAGUCGCGAACCUGGCCGUUCGCGAGGAGAAGGACCCGAGCGCAAACGACAGUAAGGCCCAGCUCUACAGGCUCAUCGUGCUGUCCAAGAUCUCCGCUACGUUCACCACGCUCUUCGACAAGACGGCCGCCCUAAACAUCUACUGCGUGUACAAAACAUCUACAUCGUACAUUAACGGUCUAUUCAGCUUUGUUGGGCAACUAGUAAUCAAACGCGUAUUCAACGUUGAACAUGCAUUCGUGCGUAAAUGCCUCUUUCUCUACGGAGUGGUCUCACAGAUCGUUAUCAUUGCUAUCAUACGCUAA